AGCCUUUUACCGAGCACUUUUCGCAGCGAUUCUUUAAGCUUUUCUUGCUGAGCGUUAGUGGGAAUGGAUUUUAAGUAGGUAACGUUGUUGCUGCAAAAAUUACGACAUUGGUUUCUUGAUUCAGUGGUCUCAUUUUGUGCCCGAGUUGCUUUUUCUUGCUCCUCUUGGCACAGUAAUAUGCUCUUCUGUGCGCGUUGCAUUUAACUCGUCGCCCUGCACCUUCAAGACCGCAACGUCACCUAAACAUUUUUUUUUCUCAAAGGACUAUCGGCUUGAGCUACUCGCUCUGAAGGAGAGAAACAGUUUCCACCGCAGGUCCUACGCCAUGAGGGUUUGGCGGUUGCAAAACGAAGUCUACUUCCGCAAAAGGCUGUGGAAGGACAGAAGAACCUUGCGUAAAGUGCGGAAGUACCUCACGCCGCAGCCUCUGCUGGACCAGGGCGUCCAAAUUCACGACGCUCUUGACAUCGCCGCGAACGAAUUUGUGCCGGAACCGUUUGAGCUUCCUGAGCCCUAUGGCACUCCAUAUGAAAAGUGCAACGAUAGCAGAAACCCCAACUGGCAUGACCAGGUGGCCUAUAUUGUGCACAAGAAGUCUCGACUCCUUGAAGGGGACAAGCACAUGUGCCUGCUGACCAAGACAGUCCGAUAUGACAGCCUCCCCGUGGCACUUUCAGAGCAUGUCAGGCGGCACGCCCUUGGGGAAGCACAUCAAAAAGCUGCCAGGGAAGCCCUUGCACAAGUGCACCUGUAUGACAGCACCCAGGUGAAACUUCCCAAAAAUAUCGACCUGAACAAGCCCCACUGGACAUUUCCUCGAGAGUAUGGAGUGCCCAUCAAGCGCAAGGUUUCUCAUAUUCUUGCCAGCUUCCAUCAUUUGUGUGAGAAGUUGACCAGCCACGUUCCUGAGGCUAUGGAUCGCACCCGCCUUUCUGAUGUGGUCAGCAAUGCUUGCUUCCAAAAGGAAGAUGGGAACACAUUGGUGUUCAAAACCGAGGUUGACACCCUGAUGACAAGCAAGGUGCCACUGGGUGCCUUUAACACUCCUGAGGAGGUCAAGGCUACGGCUGACGUGGUUCUGCCCGACUUGUACCCUGCCAAGUAUACACUUGACUUGGACAAGGACCACAUCUACCUCAUGGACGACGUUUAUCCCGUUCCAAGGGUGACACUCAACCAGCAUCCUCACACACUUCACGUGACACACCCCCACCACUACUUCUGGUUUCCCAAAGAAAAGCUGGCCCGUGCCAUUCUUGCAUGCUUCACUUUCGCAGCAGCCAGAGCCAGGCAACUGUAUGGGGCAGACACGCUGACCCUACCAGAGCCUGUGGCUCUGCAAUGCACGUACAGCGAUGCUGAAACAUUUGGCUUUCUGGCAUACCAGCUGAAUACACUCGACCUCUCCACUGAUGAAGGCAUCAAAAAUCAGGUGUGGGUGGAAGGGGAGCCUCACAAGCUCUUUGAGAGCUGCAACCACAGGGAAGGCGUGGUGGGACACAAUCCAGCCGUCUUCCAAAACUUUCUCGCAUUCUACACCAGCGGGUUUAGUCAGUUGCCAUCUCUCAAAGGACGUGUUCGUCACUGAAAUCUGCAGGACGUCCCUUGUAAUUUGCAAGCUAUCGCUUACGAAUACAUCAACCCAAGGUUGUUCUGGCAGGAAUAUUUGUGCAAGAAAAUCCAUAAGGUAUUGGAUCCACAGCCAUAAAUGUAUGUAGCUUCUUUUCACAACUGCCAUUUGCAUUAACUUAAGCACCAAAAAAGCUGCAUCUUCCUAGAAAUGGAAAACAAUGUCUCAAAAAUCUUUCAUAGUGCUUUCAAAAUUAUAGUUUUCAACAACUCCAGAUGGGUUCUAGUGCCCGCACCUUGCUAUGUAAAAGAAAGAUUUCCACGAUGCAAAUAACGCCAUAUGGUAGCAUCAUCCGCAGUGUUACUUCCUUUUCAUAUUCAAUUACCAGAAAUAAAGAUUAAGUUCACUUUCUCUGCCA